UAUCAUUUUAUACGUGAUUUUGUACCUGUCAGGUGAAUAUUUAUAUUAAGCUUGGUUGGGAAAUCACAUCCCAAUCGGGACACAACCUCUAUCAGUUGCCGAUCAAAGCCAUGGAGACCAGGAAACCGGGCGGCACCAUGGACUCGGACGACAACUCAAGUGGGACCAUCGGAAGCGAUCUCGGCCAGCGUUAUCGUCAUGCGGGCGACUUGUCCGGAGAGCCGCCAACCAGGCCAUUUGCGGAAAUCAGCAUCACUGUUCCAUGGGGACAUAUAUCGGGCAAAUGGUACGGACCACAGAAUGUCCAGCCGAUUCUGGGUCUGCACGGUUGGCAGGAUAACGCUGGUACCUACGAUCGCCUGAUGCCGCUGCUCUCGCCAGAGGUGGCUUUCCUCUCGAUCGAUCUGCCGGGCCAUGGAUUGUCCUCUCGUCUCCCCGACGGCUGCUACUACAACUCGGUGGACAAUCUGUAUGUUAUCCGGCUGAUCAUGAAGCAGUACAAAUGGGAGAAAGUGUCCUUGGUGGGCCAUUCCAUGUCGUCCAUAAUUUGCUUUGUGUUCGCCGCCGUCUUUCCGGACAAGGUGGACAUGAUCAUUGGUAUAGAUGCCCUGAAACCGCACCAGCGUCCAUACCCCUCGGUCAUACGGACCAUGGAGACGCGUUUGGAUGAGUUCCUCCGUGAGGACGAACGGAACCGAAGCAAAAACGAGCCACCGAGCUAUACCUAUGACGAACUGAUCGAACGGGUGUACAUAGGGACCUUUCACUCGGUGAACAAGGAGCACUGCAAACAUUUGAUGGCGCGCAACAUCGGCAAGUCGGAGAAGUAUCCGGACAAGUACUUCUUCUGUCGCGACCGGCGCCUCAAGUUCUACAACUAUGCUAUUGGCUCCCAGGAGCUGUGCGUGGAGAUGGCCAAUCGCAUCACUUGUCCCUACUUGUUCAUCAAGGCCGCCCAGUCCUCGUAUUUCGAGGACAAGAAAUACUACGACGAGGUGCUGGACGUGCUGGUAAAGAAGCCUAACUUCGAGUAUCUGGAGGUUAAUGGCUCGCACCAUGUGCACAUGAACGAUCCGGAGGCCAUUAUUGGGCCGGUCAACAACUUCAUUCAACGUUUCGGGCCGGCGGCAGCGGCUGCCUUACGCCAGAAGGCCAAGGAGGCGAAGGAGAGCAAGCUCUAGAGGCUCCAAAAAUACGACCAAACGGGUAAAAUGGGGCUUAUUUAUUAAUGCACAGGUUUUUAUACUUAAUUGUUGAUUAUGUGAUCGUCGCAGAGGACUCGUCUCUGCUAUAAAUACAAAAUGUACAUAUUCCGAA